AUGUUGCCUUCGGUGGCAUCCUUCCCGUCGGUACAACCGCAUCACCACCUCCACCCCUACUACACCGCCGACACUGCUACUCCACCUUACGACUCUAAUUCCACAUCCUUUGCCCCGUCACUUCCUGGCAGUGAUAUCAAUAAGGAUCACUCCCAGUCGUUCUCGCGGACCCGAUUACAGUACCCGCAUCCCGUCCAACGGUUCGGACUUCAUGAUACCGCCAGUCCGCAGCCCAGUCCCAAACAUGCCGCUGAACAUGCGCUUAGGAGGAAGACACCGAAUGGAACCCUAGCAGCGGGCUAUGAUGGAACCCCCGGAGAUACUACGAUUCAGCCGCCGGCUACGAAACACAUACUAGUCUCACCUCUGGAUUCUGGCCACCUUGUCCCUCCUCAGACGGGGUUUGUUUCGGACAACUGGCAACAAGCGUCGCUCGACCAGUCCUCAGCAGCUAAACAUGUGGUCUUUCCUCCUGUUUUCAAGAACGAUGCGAGUCGAGGCAACAUAGCCCCGGGAGACAUGGUAACGGAUGUGAAUGGGACGGGCUGGGUUCGCUCUCUGAAUUAUAUUCCUGGGGCUGACUCGAUGCUCAAUCAAUCACUACCCAUGCAAUCAGCGCAGCAGAGGUUCUACGUACAGAAUGGGGCCUAUGUGCCUACUGUCUUACCAGCAACGCUCCAGCCUUGUCUCGGGCCAACAGCGUCGGCGGGUAGCGGCCCGUAUGGCCCCUACUGGCCUGACGGUGUCUACAUUCCAUACCGUCCAGCAGCAUUUCGAGAUACGCGUUUCAACCAUUUGAAUCAGACCGGUCUCCCCUUUUUCGAUGCAGCACAGCAGUCAUUCAAUAACGCAAAUACGGCCCUUCCAGGCAGCCAUGGUGAGGCGGGCGGUUGGAGCACCGCACCUCCAGGGAUCCUCAGCCACGGUACUGCAGUGAAAGGCAACUUUCCUCCCCGUCAUUCCGAACAGAAAUCUUUGGAUUCUUCACUGAACCACCGCGUUCUCCCAUUGCACAUUCGUACUAAUCCUAGCACUGGAUUUUCAACAAAUCAAGGCGGAGAAUCCUUCUCCGUGCUGCCUGCGUCCAACGGGCCGGGGUUGCCCGGCGCUUUUCCAUCUGCUCACUCACGCGCUGCAAAUGUCGAAUUCAAGGAGAAGAUACUAUCAUGGGCGCAUGGUGUAUAUGUUGAUCUCCUCGCGUCCAUCCAUCAAGCCCGUCGAAACAGCAUCUCCCAGGCAGGGAGUGAUGGGCAGCCCCUGCGCUUGAAACCGAGCAUAUAUCCUAAACCUCCACGACAGCCAGGCUUGGAUUUCUCUCAGUCGAAUAGUCCCGAAUUUCAUCGGCAUAAUAGCUACCCCUCAAGCCAUUAUGAUGGACGCCAUCAGAAGACUAAUAUUCUUGGGUAUUCAAGGCCAGUGGAUACCACAGCUACUUUCCAGCAUAGUCGUCGUCCUUCUAUGGGUCAAUUCCAACAGUAUGCAACAUCGGAUUCACAAAUGCUAGACAGAUUGCGCCAUACUGGCAGAGUUACAGUUCCAGGACCGGCUCCCCGUCUCUCUUUUUCUGCAACGGGUGAGAAUUCGACCACAGCAAAUGCCAUGUCCGCUCUCGAAAUGCUCUCGCAUCUCUGCAUGGAGAGUGGUUGGGAGUGGAUUGAUGGGAUGCUGCUUGGCGGUUGUCUUGCCUAUGGACUUGGAGACUAUCCCAAGGCUAUGAGGUGGUAUUCCAGGAUUAUUGCAAGGGACGCAACGCAUGUGGAGGCGAUAUCAAAUCUCGCAGCAACGCUGCUUGCGCUUGAUCGUCGCGAGGAGGCGAUGCAACAUUGGCUUCGUGCUGUGAAGCUCCGUCCCAGUUUCUUCGAAGCUGUGGAGCAUCUCAUCGGUCUCCUUUGUAGCAGCCAGCGUGGUAAAGAAGCCGUGAACAUCAUCGAUUAUGUACAGAAUUCCCUACGCUUUCCCAAGAAUGGCGAUUGUUUUGCCACGGAUGAACAUGCGAGCGAAACCGAGAGUGAUGCGGACAGCGGCGCUUCAAGUGUCGGAUCUUAUGAGAAGGCAUCGUUCGACUACGACGAUGACUUCGGCCGCUCGCUGACCGGUAACCAGAAGCCAUCUGAAGCUAGCGCUGUUGGCUUUGGCUCCAGCGGCUACGCUAUACCAGGUUGUGACAAUGGCAGAAUGCUUGCGCUCGUUCAUGCGAAGGGCAACAUGCUCUACGCACUGGGCGACAAUGCGGGUGCUGCGGCGGCCUUCGAGGAUGCUGUCUUGAUUGCGGCCGGGAGACGACGCCAUGGCAUUCAAAGUUUGAUUAAACAGAUAUAUACUGCCUUCUCCCAGGGUUCUCAUCAGGCUUACUCGCCCUUGAACUCUCACGAGAGCCAGGAAAUCAUUCUUCUUUAUCCUGAUAAGGCCUUGCAGACUUCGAAGUUAGUCUUCGCACCUUGCGGAACUCCCCCCGGCAUCAAGUUUGUGGCCGAAGGCCUUGCAAGAAAAGCCGCCUUGUCGACCACGAGCAACUCACUGCUUUCCUUGGCCAAGAUCUAUCAAGACGGCAUGUCCAAUAUUUCCGGUUCGGGCAUUCCUAAGAAAUCUCCUGGCGUUCGAGACAUCUUGGCACUCUAUUACCUCUCCCUGUCCCUUCAACCGAGUCCCUCCACUGCCAAUAACGUUGGAAUCUUGCUUGCUGGAAUCCAGAACAAUGCUGCCGGCAAGAGCCUCCCUCGUUCAAGCGGGGAAGCACAACACCCUGAGGUUCCUGGAGUGGUACCCGGAAGUGGGAUUUCACUGGCGCUAGCAUAUUACAACUACGGAUUGCAUCUCGAUUCGCGACACGCACAUCUUUAUACCAAUCUGGGUAGCCUUCUUAAAGACAUCGGGCAGCUCCAGGCGGCCAUCCGCAUGUACGAGCAAGCGGUUCAGUGUGAUGGUAACUUUGAUAUUGCCUUGGCCAAUCUGGCAAACGCCGUCAAAGAUGCAGGCCGAGUCAACGAUGCGAUUACCUACUACAAACGUGCCGUCAAAGUGAACCCUGAAUUCGCUGAAGCAGUAUGCGGACUGGCAAAUGCCUUGAAUUCCGUCUGCAACUGGGUCGGACGUGGAGGUAUUGCCAAUGGGUAUGGUUUCCGCGACCGAUGGCAUGUCACUGAGCAAGGGAUGCUCCGUGAUGCAUCUACGAGCGAAACCGGCUCUGGCUGGAUACAGCGCGUCGUUGAUAUAGUAAAUCGACAGCUCAAGGAGGGGGAGUCGUGGGGUCUUGGUCUACUGUCACCUAACACGAUAGAGCAACUGUGCGUUCAGAUCGCUCCGGCAUUGGAGAGUCGCCGCUCCGCCUGCGGGUCUUUGGCCACCAUACUACAGUCUUGGGCUGGACAAAGGUGGGAGGGUUCGCGGAUCGUCAAAUUGAUCGAGCGUGCAAAUCGUUCGAUCACCUGGCAGUGGUACCAGGACCGCUAUAUCUACGGCAAGGAAUACCCGCUAACCAAAUAUCAACGGCCGCAACUCCCAUCGGGGCUCACAGUGCCCAAUGCACCAACUGUUCUCCCCUUUCACACAUUUACCUGUCCGCUUUCUGCGAAACAGAUCCGUCAGAUUUCUCAAAGGAAUGGGCUUCGAAUCUCGUGCUCGACCCUACGUUCUCCGUGGCUUCCAGCUACGGUGUACCCACCGCCGCCGCCUCCAAAUCCAUAUCUGAAGGUUGGGGUUAAGGCGUACUGCUACGCGACCACUGCAAGCGACAAAUCCGUGCAUCGUCAGCAGAUCGAGAAGGAAGCACCCGUGUUCCACGACGCCAGCUGUUGGCCCAUCGAGAGACUUGUGAAGCAGAUCGUCGACGAUGGGAUCCACAUCCUUGUCAAUCUCAACGGCUACACACGGGGAGCGCGUAACGAGGUGUUUGCCGCACGACCUGCCCCAAUACAUAUGUCUUUUAUGGGAUUUGCAGGGACACUGGGCGCUGAGUGGUGUGAUUAUAUUCUUGCAGAUGAGAUCUCCAUCCCUGUCGAUACGCUAGGUCCCGGAAGGCGUAACGCCCGUAUUGAGGAUCGACUCUUGGAGCAGGAUCACGGCGAGGAGCUUGAAGACUGGGUGUAUGGCGAGAAGAUUGUCUAUACUCGCGAUACAUUCUUCUGUUGCGACCAUCGGCAAAGCGCUCCCGACGCGAAAGAUGCGCGCAUCACCUGGGAGCAGGAGCAGGAGCGGCGAUGGCGAAUGCGGAAAGAGCUGUUCCCAAAUCUCAGCGAUGACACGAUCAUCCUCGGUAAUUUCAACCAAUUGUACAAGAUUGAGCCAACAACGUUCCGUACAUGGCUUCGUAUACUGGCGCGCAUUCCCAACGCGGUUCUGUGGCUGCUUCGCUUCCCGGACUUGGGUGAACAGAACCUUCGGGAGACAGCCAUCGCGUGGGCUGGCCGAGAGACAGCAUCCCGGAUCAUUUUUACGGAUGUGGCUCCGAAGAACGCUCACAUCUCUCGGGCGAAAAUCCUGGACUUGUUCCUAGAUACGCCAGAGUGUAAUGCACACACGACUGCGACAGACGUCUUGUGGAGUGGCACACCACUGCUCACAUAUCCCCGCUACAAGUACAAAAUGUGUUCUCGAAUGGCGAGCAGCAUCCUUAGCAGCGCGCUGCCUGACUCUGACGCUGGCCGCAAGGCCCGUGAUGAGUUGACGGCAGUAUCUGACGAAGACUAUGAGGACAAGGCCAUCCGCCUUUGCCUCAGUCUCCGGUACAACCCCGGGUGUGGCGGUCGAGCGAGCGGCCGGCUAUUCGACCUCCGCCGGAUGCUGUUUGAGGAGAGAAUGGGGAGCCGUCUGUUUGAUACCAAACGCUGGGUUCGUGAUUUAGAGAAUGCUUAUGAUCAAGUCUGGAAACGAUGGGUAAAUGGCGAAGAAGGUGAUAUCUGGUUAUGA